UCAAUCCAGAGACAGUCCGGUGGACUUAAGAGCUCGCGAACUUGGCUCCGUUUUAGCUUUAAUUCGGUUACACCUAGGUUGCUUUAAAUAAUAACUUAUUCAUUUUCAAAAUAGAUUUAAGAUAAGGAAGGCAAAUGCUGGAUAGUAAUUAUAAAUGUUUAUGAUGUUAAGACCAGUUUUUAAUUGGUUAUAAUUUUAUAAUUAGUAAAUUCAAACAAUUAAUCAAUUAUUAUUAGAUACAUUAAUUAUUUCUCUUUUUUUUUUUUUUUUUGGAAUAGCGGCAUUUUAAUAAAAUGUGGUCGUGUGUAGUCACAUCUAUAUUAAUUGUUUGCCUCCUCGCUGAAACAUCUGCUCACUCAUUUGAGACUGAGGAGGUUGUACCUGAACGGCUGACCGCACGACGAGUGGCCAAGAGGAGUGAAGAACAGCCCAGCUUCAGACUCGCUGCUUUCGGCAGGAAUUUCACACUGAAUUUGACACCGGACAGCACCUUUAUAUCGCCAGCGCUGAAGGUUUAUCGCAUCAAAGCAAAACCGCAAGAAAGACUUGAGUCAAGCAAGCUGACAGAUCUUUACAAGUCCUUGAAUCAAACUGAAGAGACUGGAGCAGAAUUAUUAAAAGGUUGUUUUUACACUGGCGCUGUUGACUCCAAUGAGGACUCUAUUGUUUCUGUCAGUUUAUGUCAUGGGAUUUUAGGAUCAUUUAUCACAGAUGGUAAAGAAUAUCUAAUCGAACCGAAACUUCUCGGCUUGGGAACAUCUGGAAAGUUAACUGAGCAGCUGCAUGUUAUUAAAAGAAGACAUUUUACAAAGUCCCCGCAGGUCUCUGAACCGCUGUCAGAUAUCAGAGAUGAUGAUCAGAAUUUGAUGUCUAGACGCAGGCGUUUUGUCUCUACGCCCAGGUUUAUUGAGACUUUGGUGGUCGGUGACGCUUCCUUGACGCAUUUCUAUGGAGACGAGAUCAAGCACUACAUGCUGACCUUGAUGUCAGUGGCUGCUCAGAUUUACAAGCAUCCCAGCAUUAAGAACUCAAUCAACAUAGUGCUAGUGAAGAUGCUGAUCGUGGAGGACGAAGAGGUUGGUCCGUCCAUCUCCAGCAAUGGAGGCGUCGCUUUGCGCAACUUCUGUGCCUGGCAACAGCUAUUCAACCCACCCAGCCACAGGCAUCCAGAGCACUUUGAUACAGCCAUACUUUUUACUAGAGAGGACAUCUGUGGACAUCAGAGUUGUGACACGUUGGGUGUAGCUGAUGUUGGAACCAUGUGUGACACCAAAAGGAGCUGUUCUGUUAUUGAAGACAAUGGCCUUCAGGCUGCUUACACUACUGCACAUGAGCUAGGCCAUGUUUUGAGUAUGCCGCAUGAUGACACUAAGAACUGUGAGCAGCUUUUUGGACAUCUUGACGAGCACCAUAUCAUGGCCCCUGUAUUCACUCAGCUCAGUAAGACCUUGCCUUGGUCCCCCUGCAGUGCUUUGUACGUCACAGAGUUUUUCGACAAUGGACAUGGAGACUGUUUACUGGACACCCCUGAGACGAUAGUGGCUUUACCCACUGAGCUGCCAGGCGUAACUUACAGCCUGGACCGCCAGUGCCAACAGAUAUUUGGAGAGGAGUUUUCACAUUGUCCCAACACCUCAGCCAACGAGGUGUGCGGACAGCUCUGGUGCCAGCAAGAAGGGCAGUCUGUGUGCACAACCAGGAAUGGGAGUCUUCCCUGGGCAGACGGCACAAGCUGUGGCCCCAACAGGACCUGCCUGAACAGUGUAUGCAUGUCCUCUGAGGAAGUCAUGAGGCCUAAGCCGGCUGUGGAUGGUGGCUGGGGUGAGUGGGGACCAUGGCAACCGUGUUCCAGAUCAUGUGGAGGUGGAGUGAUGUUCUCCUACCGAGAGUGCACCCGGCCAUCUCCUCAAAAUGGUGGAAAAUACUGUGUGGGCCAGAGAGUGAAAUAUCAGUCCUGCAACAAACAGGCCUGUGAGAAUAACCGAGGAAAAAGUUUCAGAGAGGAACAAUGUGAGAAGUACAACAAUCCAAAUCACUUUGAUGUUCAUGGAAAUGUGAAGCAGUGGAUACCCAAAUAUACUGGAGUAUCGUUGCGGGAUAGGUGUAAACUCUUUUGCAGAGCAAGGGGCAGCAGUGAAUUCAGAGUGUUUGCAGCUAAAGUAAUUGAUGGAACCCCAUGUGGUCCAGAUACCACAUCAUUUUGUGUGCAAGGCCAGUGUAUCAAAGCCGGUUGUGAUCUGGAGAUCGAUUCUAGUAAGAAGCUGGACAAAUGUGGCGUAUGUGGAGGAAAUGGCCAGAGCUGCAGGAUGAUAUCUGGCUCAUUCAAUAAAGUCAUCCAUGGAUAUAGGGACAUUGUGACAAUUCCAAGUGGAGCCACUAAUAUUAACAUCAAACAGCAGAGCCAUGGAAGUAUACCACAUGAUGGGCAUUACCUGGCUGUACGAAGAGAAAAUGGUGAUUAUAUCUUGAAUGGCAACUUCUCUGUAACCACAGUGGAGCAGUAUAUUCCAGUGCUGGGGGCUGUGCUGAAGUACAGUGGCUCAUCCACUACAUUGGAGAGACUUCAGAGCUUCCACCAGCUACAGGAACCAAUCACAAUACAGCUACUCUCCACUGCUGGGGAAUCCAUCCCACCGAAGGUCAAAUACAACUUCUACAUCCCCAAAACCAUAUCUUUUGGCAAACCCAAAGACAAAAAGAUUGCUGGCAAACUGAUUCAUCCUUUUGGGGUGCCACAGUGGGUCUCGGGCGAGUGGUCUGAAUGCUCCAAAACGUGUGGUUCAGGAUGGUCCAGGAGAAAUGUGGAAUGUAAAGACAAUGCUGGUUUCUAUUCAAACCACUGCAAUAAAGAUCUCAGACCCUCUGAUAUCAGGCCCUGUGCAGACCUGCCAUGUCCCAUAUGGCAAAUAGGCCCUUGGUCUUCAUGCUCACAAACUUGUGGCCAUGGGGACCGCCAGCGUAGGAUUCUCUGCAUUGAUUACGCUGGGAAGCUUGUGGAUCCGAAGAACUGUGACCCUGCCAAGAAACCUGAAUCAGUAUCUGAAAAGUGUUUCUACCAAGAAUGUUGAGGACAUCAUGUAGGCUUUCAAAUUUUUCAGAGGUGAUAAGACGCUCCUGAAACAAUAUAAAGAUUAUCAUUUGACCGUGCACAGGUUGGAGCUGGAAAUAUUCAGCUUUAGAUGGAAAAUUGGUUGAGCUUUCAUGAAUUUUGCACGGACUGAUCACUUGGGGUUUGGUUUUCCAGAUAUAUAUAUAUAUAUAUAUACAGU